GUCCGGCCGCUAGGCGGCAGUGCUGAGUUCAGUUUCAUCAGCGAAUCAAUGACUCGUGGCUAUUCGUAGUUAUUUCCUUUUAGGUUCACUGCAGAUCGGCCCAAACGUCAAGUUGAUCAGAAACGUGUCGAGGCGGCUAAAGUUGCUUUUUUUGGUUGGGAAUUCUUCUGUUCGUUUCGUGUUAUAUUCCCAGGAUGGCUUGUUGGAGAGUGAAAUUAUUUUGACUGAUUAUUUUGGCCAAGUCGAGCUUGUUCCAACUCGAGCUGCUGUCAACUCGUGCACAGCCGAAAGCACCGCGCGUGCGGGUUGACUCGGUUACCUCGGGGACGCUGGCAGAGAGAAGCGAGAGCGAGAGCGAGAGCGAUUCUGCAGCAUGUCGGCUGAAGUGGCGAGUGAGUGUCGGCUAGGACAGGGCGACCCAAACCCCGCGGGCAAGUGUGAGACACCGAGGAGUGCUGGCGAGGAGCAGCAGCAGGAGCAGGAGCAGCAGGAGCAGGAGCAGAGAGCUCCCAAAGUCGAGCCCAAACAACAUCCCAAAGUCGAGUCAAAACCCCCGAAACAGGGGGCGAUGGACGCCAAGCUGGACGGAGGGAACAAAAACAACACGAACCACAAGGAAAACGAGCAGAGUGCAGAACCUGGCAGGCAGAAAGUGACCGAGGCUCCGCCGCCGAAAGUAAACCCUUGGACGAAGAACAGCAGCACGUCGUGUCCCAAUAACUCGACAAACAACACUCAAGAAACAGAAUCCCAGAACUCUGCCAAAGUGGUACGUGCUAACAAGCCCAGAUCCAGGAAGUCCAGUAAGUCGAGUGAUUUCAGUGACAUCACCAACUGGCCUACUCCUGGAGAAAUAGCCAGUAAGGAGCAGCAGCAGAACGCACUGAAUGCACAGGGUCAGAAAGUCCCAGCUGGGCGGAGAGACAGAAGGAGGGAGCGCGGAGGAGAGAAGAGAGAGAAGGAGAGCGGUAGCGAUGGGAGCGACAGUAAAGAGAACAGGGAGGCACAGCAGGAGACUCAUCUAUCCACCGAGCUGGAGAAGGAGGCGGGCAAAGACACUCAGAGUAGCGUCCCCCGCAGGAGAGGCUUCAGGAGGGAUUUCAGUGAUGAGACAUCAAGCGUUCGCAGCGAGGGUAGCAGUGUCCGCGGCGGCCUCCGGGGACGGGGCAAAAGUCGUGGCAGGGGCAGAGGUCGCGGCCGAGGACGUUUUGACUACUCCCACAGUUAUCGGGAAUCCUACGCUGAUGGUUCCAACGUGCCUCCGGAGUUCGGGACCAACAUGAUGUAUUUCUAUGAUGACGGGAACCGGGUACAGAUGUACACCAUCGAGGAGAGUCUGCUCAAGGAGUACAUCAAGCGCCAGAUCGAGUACUACUUCAGCCUGCACAACCUGGAACGGGAUUUCUUCUUGAGGAGAAAGAUGGACGCCAAGGGCUUCCUGCCCAUCUCUCUCAUCGCCGGCUUUCGCCGCAUCCAAGCCCUCACCACCGACAUCAGUCUCAUUAUGGAGGCAGUGAAAAGCAGUGACGUUGUGGAGCUGGUCGAUGAGCGGAUUCGGAGAAAGGAUGAUCCGGAGCACUGGCCGAUCCCUGGACCGCCCGCCAACUCCUCACACACAGACUUCAGCCAGCUGAUUCACUGUCCUGAGUUUAUCCCGGGACAGACUUUCACCUCUCUCACUGCAGUUUCAACUUCCCCAGUCAAUCAGAACGCAGUCGAGCCUCCUCCUGCCACAAACGGCCAAUUAAACGACAGCUCUGAUACCGACACCAAACCGCAGUCUGAUGAGUCGUCCACGGUUGAGUCGAAAAGUGUGUCCAGCUCGGAUGAGAGGACCGUUGAGGGGCUGUCCAGCAGCGUGCCUGAUCCAGAGAGCCAGUGGGUUCAGGUGGAGAAACGGCAUAGGAACACACCUGGGAAAAACAAGCCAUCUGAAACCCUUCAUCACCACCUUCCUCCUUCCUCUAAGUCUGAGCAUUCCCUCUUAACAGAGCGCUCAACACCGGCCCAGACAAAUCCACCACCUGAGGUUGACCAGGAAGAACUCGACUUCCUGUUUGACGAAGAGAUGGAGCAACUCGCGGCGCCUCGCAAGAACACCUUUACCGAUUGGUCGGACGACGACUCGGAUGGCGAGCUGGAUGACAGCGAUGUGAACAAGAUCCUGAUCGUCACACAGACGCCACCGUACCUGCGCAAGCACCCGGGAGGAGACCGCACAGGCAACCAUAUCUCCCGCGCCAAAAUCACUGCCGACCUCGCGAAGGCCAUCAACGACGGCCUCUACUACUACGAGCAGGACCUGUGGACAGGGGACGAUAAUCAGCUGGAUGGUACCAACGUUAAGGAUGUGGAGAACUUUAAGAAGCUCAGCAUGAUCAGUAAGGAUGAGUUUGACACUUUGGCCCCUAAAUUACCCGUUGACCCCAACCAGGAAGUGCCACCCCCUCCCCCCUGCCAAGAUGAGCCCAGCCUGGCCCACUCUCUGCCCACUGACGUCCCAGAAUCCCCUAGUGCUCCCCGGACCCCUCAUACUCCACGCACACCUGGUCGGCAAGACCCGAACAAAACACCCCGCUUCUAUCCUGUUAUGAAGGACAGCGGAAACAUUGAUGGAAAGACUCCCAGGAAGAGGAAAACACGCCACAGCUCCAACCCUCCACUGGAAAGUCACGUAGGCUGGGUGAUGGACUCUCGUGAACACAGGCCUCGCACUAACUCCAUCAGUAGUUCAAAUGCUUCUCCAUCAGAGGGCGCUCCCCUGCAGUCGGCCAGUUACGGCUGCACCCCUCAGUCUCUGCCCAAAUUCUGGCACCCGUCCCACGAGCUACUCCAAGAAAACGGCUUCACCCAGCAGGUUUAUCACAAGUACCGCCGACGGUGUCUCAAUGAGAGGAAACGGUUGGGAGUGGGUCAAUCUCAGGAGAUGAACACACUCUUCAGGUUCUGGUCCUUCUUCCUCAGAGACAACUUUAAUAGGAAAAUGUAUGAAGAGUUCAAGCAGUAUGCGUUGGAGGAUGCCAAAGAAAACUACAGGUAUGGACUGGAAUGCCUCUUCCGCUUUUAUAGUUACGGUUUGGAGAAGAGGUUCAGACCCGACAUCUUCAAGGACUUUCAGGAGGAAACUUUGCAGGACUACGAGAAAGGUCAGCUGUAUGGUCUGGAAAAGUUCUGGGCCUUCCUGAAGUACUCACGGAUUAAAGGCCAAGUCAUUGACCCCAAGCUGCAGGAGCACCUCCGCAAAUUCAAGAGAAUAGAUGACUUCAGAGUGGAGCCACCAAUGGGAGAGGAGCAGGGGGGCAGGAGACGGAGACACUCGUCCUCUGGAGGGGACGAGGGCAGACGCAAACGUUACAACUCAACCUCGUCUUCAUCAUCAAAACAGGCCCCACCCACCAAGGCUUCUAACGAUCCUGCUGCUGAAGGGGAAGCCAAGAUGGAUUCAACCAAUCGGUCUGCUUCUCCAGCAAACACUAAAGCCGUUUCGGCCAGUCAUGGGCCAGCAAACAGCAAAUUGACCUCAACCAAUCAACGGGCCAUUUUGGGGCUGGCCAAAUCAGCUUCAACCAAUCAGAAAGCGACUGCCAAGAGCACCACAGUCAAUGAAGCAACUUCAGCCACGAAGGAGAACGUGAAGAAGAAUCCAAAAUCUGAAACGGCUAGCAAAACCAAAGAUGCACAUCCGCCAAACUAAAUGAAUCCUGAGAUCGAUAUUUUUAAUCUUAAAUGAGAAGGGCUAUUUUAAGGCCAAUUUAUAUUUACGGCCUAGACCGUAAAUCACUUCUACGACUAAAUGAGCCAAACCGUUACAAGUGAAGCUUGAGUGUUACACCAUCAGGGCUUAACUGAUUUCACUACGUAAAGUAUCAAUCCGAAUGUUGUAUUCGUCUUAGCAGAAACAGCUUUUUGGCUCAUGGUUGGUGUUAACAGUUAUUCAGUUUUAAGUAGGCACAAAUGGUGGACUGAAAAUCAUCAUUGGAGUCAAAAACCAUUCUGCUGUCAAGUUUACGAACGCUGCAUCGAGUGUAGUUUGUGGACAAUGUGUUCCUGUGUUGAAUGUAAAUUUCUUUGUUUUAUCUUCUGGGGUGCCUUACAUUUCAAAGUUUUUACCCUAACUAUAUCAGGAAAUAUAUCAAAAACGUUAUUUUAUUUCAGUGGUGUCAUAACUUUCGUGUGUGCCUGAUCAUAAUGCCAUGAUCACCGAUAUUUGACGAGAAAGCGUAUUUGUGUAUUUGAGGAAAAAAAACAAACUUGAGCAGAUUAUACAGUUUAUAAUAUUGUAAUACUCUUACACUUGAGAUGGCAAUAUCAUGACAACAAAAAUGACACUAUAUGUAGUUUAUUGAUGCAUAGUGUUUGGGAUUGACUAUGAAAUGAGUGUUAUGGGGAAAAAAAAAAAACAGUAUCAUGCUCAAAGGCUCAAAGGCCAAGCUAGUGCGUGAUUGUAAUGAAAUUAAAAGUUUUGGAUGUAAGAACGUAGGAUCCUUUAAUUUUCUGUUUUAACAGAUUUAACAAACUUUGAUUUUUCGCUUAAAUUAGAAAUGUGUCUCUUUUACUUGAAGUUUUAUUUUCUAAGUAUUUUUAUUGCUUUAAAAAAAAAAGUAAGGAGUUUAUAUUCCAGGAAAAAAAAAAGUUUUACAUUCUGUUGGAGAAGGGAUUUUUUUUUCUCUCAAUUUUGAGUGGUUUAAUUGAAUCUAAUCAUAUUUUUAUUGCUUAUUACAACUUAUUUGGAUAAUGCAGCUAUAUAAUAGAAAUAUAAACUGUACAUAUUAAAAAAAAAAUUUAAUUGCUAUGAUUUGGUUGAUCUUAAUUUUUAUUGAGCUAUUCUAUUGUAGUAUUGUUUUGCGUGCGCUGGUGUGUUCGUAUGCAUGUCUUGUUUCUAUUUUUUCCUCUUUUUUGCCUAAAAAUUGUAACAUGUAAAAAUGCAUAUAUUAAAAAAAAUUAUUAAAAUCUGUUUAUAAAAACCCCAAACCUUUGUCAUGUCG